GUGACGAGAAAGGGACACCUGAGAGGUUAAUCAUGCGUACAGUUUUCUCGAAAAUGUAAAGAAUUGUUCGAUUUUUUAUCACGUAAAUAUAGAGGCUCUAAGGGAGAUCUGGCGUCUAUUAAAUUUGACUUUUAUGAAGAAACUCAAAAAUUGGAACAUAUAAAGGUGUGUGAGGAACUGCCUUUGCGCAUUACUGGGUAGGCCUCUACACAAGACCAACCACGCGUUCGGAGCGGCGCGGCAGCACUGCCCUCUACUUCACUUCGCAUUACUUCGCAUCGACCAUUUACCGUCACGUUGUAGGAAUUUCAAAUAAAUUUAUUUAACCGGAGCGUAAAUAAAAGAAGUUUCAACAGUGAAAUCACUAUGCCUGUUUUACAAAGAGUCGUAAAACCUACGACACAUAAAGGAAAGAAGGCGAUCUUGAAGAAAGAACCAAAGUUAAUAGAAGAUAAUAAACAGACUUUAUGCAUUAAAGGGAAAAUUACCAGUCAACUGGUUAAUGACUGUAUGAAAGAUUUGUACCAUAUCAAGAAGCCAGACGUACAGAUGAUGCAAAAGAAAAAUGAUAUUCUUCCCUUCGAAGAUGUGACUCCAAUUGAACGUUUUUCUUCAAAAUUGAAUUCGCCUCUUUUUAUAUUUACGUCACACAAUAAGAAACGUCCUCACAAUUUAAUAAUGGGUAGAAUGUUUGAACACGUGUUAUUGGAUAUGGUAGAAUUUGGAGUCGAGAACUACAAAGGUUUGAAGGAAUUUAAGGUAGAGAAGAUAGCUACUGGAAUGAAGCCUAUGUUAGUGUUCAAUGGAGAAUUGUUUGACAGCAAUUCAGAAUAUGGAAGAAUUAAAAAUCUAUUAGUAGACAUGUUUCACAGAGAUGUUGUCGAAAAGGUUAGACUACAAGGAUUAGAACAUGUCUUAAGCUUUACAGCGAUGCAAGAUAAAAUUCUUGUUCGGAGUUACAGGACAUUAUUAAAAAAAUCUGGUACUAGAAUACCGAGGAUAGAAUUGGAAGAAAUUGGGCCACGAUUUGAUCUUUCUAUACGACGUUUGAAGCUAGGUUCAGAAGAUCUCUUCAAACAAGCUUGCAAAAAACCUAAAGAGCUAAAGGUGAAGAAAAAGAAAAAUAUAUCAAAGGAUUCUCUUGGGUCUGUAUUGGGGCGUGUACAUAUGGGAGCACAAAAAAUAAACAGUAUACAAACUAGAAAGAUGAAGGGAUUAAAGAAAUCUCUUACAGAAAGAAAGGCUGAAAGAAAAAGAAAAAGUAUGGGUGAUGAUAAUGAAACUAAAAAAAGAAUAAAACGUAGUCAAGAUGUCCAUGUAUAAUUAAAUCAUAUGUGAAAUAAAAGUAUUAUAUAUUAUUUACUGAAA